CGCCAAUAAUGCAACGCUGCGGUCACCUGCCGCUGCCUGGGCUGCAGACACGACCUACAGUUGUGGCCCGUUUCCCCUGCAGAAAACUGCACUCCACCUGUCCAGGGGCAGGACAGCGUCUGGCGUAAACAGCAGGGUAUAUAUUUUCAAAGAGUGCAGUGCUGAUGUGAUGCUGGAGGAACAGGCUGUGGAGCACUGAGCUUCCCAUGGCUGUUAGUACCAUGGACUCCGAGUCAGCCCGGACACCUCAGCCUCAGGCUGCCCUCACUAAAGGAGGCCACACCCUGCUGCCUGCUGGAUAUCUGAGUACCAGGCUGGGCACUCAAAGGAAGCACUAUGUCUGCGGCUCCAUUGCAGCUUUUACAAACAUAUUGGUGACUUUCCCCAUCCAGAAGGUGCUGUUCCGCCAGCAGCUGCAUGGUGUGUUGGCCACUGAGGCGGUGCGGCAGCUCCAGAGAGAUGGGCUGAGGAAUCUUUACCGGGGCCUGCUGCCUCCACUACUCCAGAAGAGCACUACAGUGGCCAUCAUGUUCGGCCUGUAUGAGGACUUCUCCAGAGUCUUACUAGACCGGGCCGGUGGCAGCGGCAUACCAGAGCUGUUCACUCGAAGCUUUGCCGCAGCAUUGGCAGGAACCACAGAGGCCAUUCUGACGCCAUUUGAGCGUGUGCAGACUCUCCUACAAGACCAUCGGCACCACGGGCGCUUCAACAACACAGGCCAUACCUUCCGGACACUUCUGACUGAGUAUGGUGUCAGGGAGUGUUACCGUGGUCUGGUGCCCAUACUUCUCCGUAAUGGCCCUAGCAAUGUGCUCUUCUUUGGGCUCCGCGGGCCCAUUAAGGAGCUGCUCCCAGAAGUCAGUAGCCGGGCAGGUCACAUGGCUAUUGAUUUCGUGUGUGGAGGAUUGCUGGGGGCAGCCCUUGGCAUCAUGUUCUAUCCAUUAAACGUGGUCAAGGCACGGGCUCAGUCUCAGGUCGGUGGACCCUUCCAGCCCUGCAGGAAAGUGCUGCUAACAGUGUGGAGAGAGAGAGGUGGCAGUGUGGUAUUGCUCUUCAGAGGGGCCCACCUCAACUACCACCGUUCACUCCUCUCCUGGGGGAUCAUCAAUGCCACCUAUGAGCUUCUGCUAAAGCUGUUGUAAGAGGGUGGAGGUGACGGAAUAGAGCUGUAGAGGGGACAAGAAAGCAGUUAAAGGGAAAAAGCUGUAUGGUGUGAUGGAACCAGUUUGUUGAGAAGAAAGGAAGUCAUAAAGCUGAUGUACUUGUUGUCUGGCACUAUUUUGGGGGACACUGAAGUUUCCAUGACUGAAAGACAGCAAUGAAGUUGCACUUCUGACAGGGGCCAACAGUCAGUGUGAGAUAACCCACCUGCCACAUGCCAUGACUAUUAACUGUUGUUAAAGUAUUAAAAAACAAGACACUCGCUUUAGCCUAUACAAAACUCGUGCCAGGGUCCAAUUGAAAUGCCCUUGUUUGCUCUCUGUGCAAAAAAAUGUUGAUGGAGCAAACUGAACUCCAGCGUUUUUUUUUUCCCCUCACAGUUUCAAGCAAAGGUUAUGUGACUGGAUUCUUCAUAUGUGCUGUGUGCUGUGGUGUUUUGUAGACAACAUCUGUCUGUUUGUUUGACCAAGAGCUUUUCCUCUGUGAGGCUGUAUUCUGCCACUUAACUGAAACACUUUUGUACUUUUGACCAGUGAAAUUUCCCAACAUCUAUUGUCAAUGAGAGUUUAAUAAAUUGAGUGUUGGUCAUUUUACUUCUCUUUCUGCUCCAUCUCCAGCUAUUCGGCCGACAUAUUUAUGAGAUCAGAAGUUCUAUUGUUGAAAUGAUAUCCAUGAUUUAUAUAUAUGUUCUUGGAAAGACACACACAGGCUAUUUUAAACAGCUUCUAUUUUCACACAUGACUCAUCUUUGCAGAAUGGGACUUAAAUGUUUUGUCAAACACUGCCUUGGAUUGUUUUAUGAAGAGCUACUGGCAUGUGUUAGGCCUAUUUGAGUUUUGAGAAGUGCCCAUUUGUCAGUAAAAUAUACAGUUACACCCAGAUCUUGUCUUGUUUUUAUAAUUUAUUGGAAGGAAGAAAUGUUAAACAUCUGGUGCAACAAAUAAUCCUACCAGGAAUGAUUGCCCUUUUGUUUGAGAUUGAAAUUUUAACGCAGCCUUUUGCAGAUUCAGAGAAAGACUUUUGAUAUUUAUUUGAGUAUGCACUAUUGCUGCAUUUGUUUAUUUUUUUUUAGUUUAUUAUUAUCUGUUGACUAUAAAACUAAGUGCUCCUCAGUGGUUUUCUUUUUGUGAACUUAAGUUGUUUUAUACAUGUAUUUCCCUCCCUCUACUCGCUGUUUUUAUAUCUUCUCUCACGCCUGCCCUCCUCUCUGUCUGUAACAUCUGUUGACAUAAUGGGCUCAGAUUUUGAGCUUGAGUAGACACUGUCACCACACAGCAGCUCUCGCUGGGUACGACAGCCCAAAGAGGAAAGGCAUGCUGCUUGGACACUGAGAGAGAGACUGAACAGUAAUGGUGCUGAGAGAAGACAGGGGCAGAGGGUAAUGUUCAGUGGCACAAAAAGCUCAAGCUGCCAUGUAAAUGGAUCACUUGGCCUAUUUCUCCAGUUCUUUUCAUCGUGACCGUCCACAGUGGGCUGUUUCCUGGGUGUCUUUUCAGAAUUUUUCUUAGGACUUUCCUUUGAAAGUAAUACUUUAAAUUGAUGAGGACUCUCUCACUUAUAUUAAAUUAUGCUGUUUAUAAUUGCCACUUUUCCUGAAGCACAAGUCACCAAAUCACUAUGAAAUGUCGAAUUAAUAAUUGCAACCGAAUGAAAUGUUUAAAAUCAAUCCAUUAAAAAUGUUGACAGUGAAUAAAUCUGUUAUGUGG